CUUUCACAAAUUUACUAUCAAUUCUUUCGUAAAGCCAUAGCCAUCGCCGUAGCCAGAGUUAUUCAUCUUCUUUCUUUGAUCUGAUUUGAUUGCGUUAUGUCUAAGACUUUCAGCAACAUGUUCUUUUCUUUUGUUCUUGCUUUCAUAUCUCUCUUUCUUCUUUUCCCUCCUCCUCAAUGCAAUGCUCUUACUCUGCAAGAUUGUAAGUUUGACGCCAUAUAUCAACUUGGCGACUCGAUUGCUGACACGGGAAAUCUGAUUCGCGAGAGCCCUCAAUCACGGUUUGCCUCGCUUCCUUAUGGACAAAACUUCUUCAAGAAAGCAACUGGGAGAUGCUCAAACGGGUUAUUGAUGAUUGAUUAUAUUGCUCAAUCGGCUGGUGUCCCCUUGCUUGAUGCCUACUUGAAUCCCAACGCAACAUUCAGUCAUGGCCAUGGAAUGAAUUUUGCAGUUGCUGGUUCAACUGCUUUGCCUGUGGAUGUUUUAUUAGAGAAAAGGAUUGUAGCCUCAGUCACCAACUCUUCUCUCAGUACUCAGCUUGACUGGAUGUUCACCUAUUUCAAUGGAAUCUGUUACGAUGAUAAAGACUGUCAUGAGAAACUUAAAAGGUCUUUGUUCAUGGUUGGGGAGAUUGGAGGAAACGAUUACGGUUAUGCACUGUUUCAAGGCAAAACCCUCGAGGAGGUCACGGCCAUGGUGUCUGAUGUUGUCCAAGCCAUUAAAGAUGCUGCUACUAGAGUAAUUGAGAGUGGGGCUCUUAGAGUUAUUAUUCCGGGAAUAUUUCCCAUUGGUUGCUUCCCAAUCUAUCUAACUGGAUUCCAAACCAAUGAUUCUACUGCUUAUGAUGAGCUCCAUUGCCUGAAGGGGUUGAACAACUUUUCAAUGUAUCACAAUGAGCGCCUUCAACAAGCCAUUCAAGAACUCAAACUACAAUACCCUAACAUCGUUAUUGUAUAUGGCGAUUAUUACAACACAUUCUUGGGGCUUCUACGCCAAGCUAGUUUGCUUCGUUUUGAUGUUAAAUCAGUGCAAAAAGCUUGCUGCGGAGUUGGAGGUGAAUAUAAUUUUAAUCUAACAAGAGACUGUGGAGGUCCUGAUGUUCCAGUGUGUCCCAAUCCCGAUGAUCACAUCAGCUGGGAUGGUGUUCAUUUGACUCAGAAAGCUUAUAACACCAUGGCAUCAUGGCUCAUCCAUGACAUCUUCCCAAAGCUUCAAUGUUUUAAUCCCUUAAUUUAG